AUGCACGUUGUGAGCGAUCUUCAGCGGCGUCCCAAUAGGGGCCGCCUGAAGUCUGAGAAGCGUAUCAUGUUCCUGUACGAUAUCGCCACCGUUGUGCAGAUUGUAUGCUUCCUGAUUUAUACGACGAAUUUUAUGAUUGCCAGCAAACGCACAUUUGUCAACUCCGUGUGGCUGCGGAAACCGCUUCAGUUGGUCCCUGCGCUGAUUUUAAAGACGCGUAAUUGCCGAUUUGAUGUGACAAAAAGAAAUCUUUACGCCUUUAGGAACGUUCAUUUGGUGCUCUCAAUCAACAAUACAGACGACAUCUUUGCGGACCACGCCAUUCAAAUGUUUUUGGCGAUCUUUUUUUGCGGCUUUGCACUGCUGCUGGGCGUGGCGAACCGAUCGUUAGUCGAGCACAACUUUUUCAGUGUGAGUUGGAGGAACUUUACACUUCGAAAAGACAUUCUUUCAGCUUUCGAGAUUGUGAUGAUUUCUCUCGUGCUUCGGACGAGCCUCAUGGCGAACGUCUCGGGUGGGCUUCUAAAGGAAUACUUGACUCACUGCGGGCUUGUUUCUGAUGCGUACCUGCCCUUCUGCAGCCUCGUGCCGCUUUUUUUGUUUGCUAGCGUCGGGUACUUUGUGUACCUUUUUGGAACCGCCGUGUACCUUUGCAACGCACUGCCGAAGUACGGCAUCAUGUCGGAGGCAGAAAUCGCGGAAUACAAAGUAUGGCUGUGGGAAAGGCGAGAGCGCGUGAGGGAGGCGAAGCGUGCCGCGGAGGAGGCCAAAAGAGCGAAUCUGUUGCUGCAGCACGUGAUGCGAUCGGAGUCCAUGCCACCGAUUCUUCGGCCUCCUCUUCCCGUGCCGACGCAUCACGACAUGUCCCUGCGCCACGACAUGGAGGCCACACCUCCGUUGGAACUCUCAGCCUCGCACUACACACCGACGGUAAACAUGCCCCGCCGCCGAGACGCGGCAUCACAGCGGCAGACGGCCACGGGUGCUUCCAGUAAACCUGUCCAUACACCUAUGUACGCAUCCUACAUAAACGUCCAAACGUCCCACUCGUCGCGGAACUAG